AUGCCGCCGGCAGCCGAGGAAGUUGAGGAGGUCGAGGAGGAGCAAGAGCAGCCAAAUGCCACGAUGGAGACGAAAGUCUCGGGGCAGGGACAGCCGAAGAGAGUCGGACGCUGGACUCUCGCUCAACUCCGUCAGACUGAUGGAAUCAUCCCGUCGCAAGCCGGUUGGAACAAGGGAGACUCGCAAAAGUUGAUGACCAACUUCGGAACGCCGCGUAACACGAACACCCGUGUCAAGAGCGAGAAUCUCAAGGAGAUCCCAGACGAUGUGGCUCAACGAACUCAUGGAGAAGUCCGUCUUCAAUCCGGUACCAACAAAUACGCCUCACAGAGAGGAAUGACCAACUUCGGAUCGGGUCGUGAUGUUUGCCGAGAGUCGGUUCGCGUCAACCAGAAUCCCGCUGAUUUACCUGAGCUUCCGGAGGAGAAAAUUCGUCUCUCCGAGGGAAUCGUGCGUCUUCAAGCCGGUACGAACAAAUAUGACUCGCAGAAGGGAAUGACUUGCAUUGGUACUGCUCGUCGUGAGACCUACAAAUGCAAAGAUACCAAACAUCCGGAAUACGAUCACGAGAAACCCGAUCAAAGCGAGAUUCCACUUCAAUCUGGAACCAACAAAUUCGCCUCGCAAAAGGGAAUGACCUGCAUGGGUACCAACCGUCGUGAGACUUGCCGAAUCGUUGACACGGCUCACCCCGAAUACAAUCCCGAGUCAUCAAUCGAUGGAUCCACCAUUCCACUCCAAAUGGGAACCAACAAAUUCGCCUCGCAAAAGGGAAUGACUUCCUUUGGACAAGGACGUUGGGAGGUGCUCGACCCAUCAAUCUCGUGGCAAAACAGGAAAUCUCAAGGAAUGGUUCGUCUCCAAUCCGGUACCAACAGAUUCGCCUCGCAAGCGGGAAUGACCGGCUUCGGAACAAUCCGAAACACCACCUACGAGGCUGAGGCUGGAGAGCUUCCAUAUGAGGACAUGAAGAAAUCGGAGACAAUCAUCCCAUCACAGGCUGGAUGGAAUCGUGGAGACUCGCAGAAGUUGAUGACCUGCUUCGGCUCGUCUCGAGACGUCAAGGGAAAGCACUUGAAGCGUAUCUGGGAACUCGAGUACCCAGAAGAGGCCGAGAUUUCACUCGACCGACUC